GUCAAUGGAAUUGAUCGCUCACGGCACGAGAGCGAGGACGGUGACGAUGGGGAUUGGAAACAUCCAGAGCAGUAGUAGUGAGUGCAAGUCCAUCUAUCUAAAAUGGAAAAUAACGGCCAGAUGUUGUCCCGCCUCAGAUGCUCUAAUUGCAAAUUGGUGAGUGGUAACGUGAGCCUGGUGAAGCGGGAAUAGUACCAAUGGUACCAUGCAUCUAACCUGCAUAUAUAGACGUCGCCCAAGUACCUACUACCGAUACAUAGGUGUCCAACUCCACCACCACCGUCACCACCACAAUACCACAUCAUGUUCCGCCCUGAUCUCUUCACGCGUCCUUUACACCGGCGGUUCUCGAGCGCCUCCCCAGCGCCUCCGCCUCCUCCAGCGCACAAGCUCCCACCCUCCCUCCGCCGCUACGCCAAGCUCUUCGCGAACAAACCCGUCUCAUACCUAACGAGCUUCCUGAUCCUGCACGAGCUCACGGCGAUAAUUCCAGUCGGCGGGCUGUUCUGGUACAUGCACGCGACUUCGUGGACGCCACCGGGGAUCCCGCAGGACCUGAUCGAGGAGAAGAUGGCCAGUCUCCGCCGGUGGAGCGAGAGGAAGGGGUAUGGCUGGUUUAAUGGCGAGAGUGGCGCGAGGGUUCUGCUGGAAGUUGGAACUGCGUAUGCUGUAGUCAAGGUUCUCAUGCCCGUCAGGGUUGCGGCGAGUGUGGCUGCUGCGCCGUGGUUUGCGAGGAAGGUGGUCGAGCCGUUGAGGGUUGUGGGCGCGCGACGGUGGAGGGCAUUGGCUGUGGCUGCGGUGGGAGCUGCGGCGGUGGUCGGCGGUGGUCAGUAUUUCGCGAGUAAACAGCGGGCAAAGGAGGUUGUGAAGGAGGCUGCGAAUGACGCUUGAAGGGUAGAGAGAGAGGUGUAGAUGAGAUCUGUAGCUGUAGAUACUCUAAAGCAGACGCGCCGAAUUCUAGAACGCGGGCUCCCGCUCAUGAUGUCAUCCCUGUCCGUUUACCCACAC